GCCCAGGCCCGCGGCGCGGGCGGACCGGCUCGGGCUCGGGCGCGCAGGGUCGUCUUAGUCCUCUGCUGAGCAGCUGACAGGAUGGCUACAAAUAAGCCCAAGGGUCAGAACUCCUUGGCCUUACACAAGGUCAUCAUGGUGGGCAGUGGUGGCGUGGGCAAGUCUGCUCUGACCCUGCAAUUCAUGUAUGACGAGUUUGUGGAGGACUAUGAGCCCACCAAAGCAGACAGCUACAGGAAGAAGGUCGUGCUGGACGGGGAGGAGGUGCAGAUUGAUAUCUUGGACACAGCUGGGCAGGAGGACUAUGCUGCAAUUAGAGACAACUACUUCCGAAGUGGGGAGGGCUUCCUCUGUGUCUUCUCCAUCACGGAAAUGGAAUCCUUUGCAGCCACAGCAGACUUCAGGGAGCAGAUUUUAAGAGUAAAAGAAGAUGAGAAUGUUCCAUUUCUACUGGUUGGUAACAAGUCAGAUUUAGAAGAUAAAAGGCAGGUUUCUGUAGAAGAGGCAAAAUCCAGAGCUGACCAGUGGAAUGUGAACUAUGUGGAAACAUCUGCAAAGACUCGGGCCAAUGUGGACAAGGUAUUUUUUGAUCUAAUGAGGGAAAUUCGAGCCAGAAAGAUGGAAGACAGCAAAGAAAAGAAUGGAAAAAAGAAGAGGAAAAGUUUAGCCAAGAGAAUCAGAGAAAGAUGCUGCAUUUUAUAAUCAAAGCCCAACUCCUUUCUUACCUUGACAUACUAAUAAAUAUAAUUUAUAAGUGUUGCCAUUGAAGGCUCAGUGACUGGAGUUACUUUAGCAUUUUGGAAAUUGUUAUGUAUCACUAAAAGCAUGAAUUGGAACUGCACUGAAAGUCAAAUUCACUUCAAAAAGAAAUUAAUGUGGCUUCACCAAGAAGCGAGUUCAGCUUAUUUCAUAACUGCUGAUGCGUAUGAGCCCUGAAGGUAGCGUGUGGGGUAGUGUUUCUUGGGCAUUCCUUCCUGAACUGUUAAAUCAGAGGUGAGGUGGGGCAGGGGUCUCAGAGGACAGGCCACUUCCUCUGGUGUCUGACCACUUGAAAAUGGCUUAGUCUGCCACUGCCUGAGAGAGAUGACAGUUGUGAAAAUGCUAAGCUGUACCACUUCUUAAACCAUUAUUAUGCAAAAUAUUGAAGAAGGUAAUAGCAUGGUUGUUGCAUAUAGUAAAACCUGAGAGUCAUUCUUUGUGAAACUGCAUAGUUAUCUGGUGGUUAACUUAGAAAAGAGGUGUGAACAUGAACAUGGAAAUUUUUGAAUAUGCCUUAAUUCAGAAACUGAAAAAUAGCCAGUUACAUCAUUCUGGGUGUGUUGUCCCUAGCCCUGUGGGCCACUCAUGGCCCCAUAUGUCUGGGUGAGCAAAGAUCUCUCCUAGAUAGAGUAUAGCUAGUGUAUAGAAGAUUCUUGAGAAAUUGGUGUGUCUACUAAUAGUCUGUCCAAAUUGAAAAUAUGUGCCAUACUCUGGUUCUUAAGAGUAGAGUUCCAGAGCUCCUUUGCUGAUUUUAAUAAACUAUGCGGUAGUUAAGAAGAGGGCUAGAGCGCGUGUAAGACGACGCUGCACUGUGAGGACUUGGCACUGUCGCGUGUGUGAGCGAACCCUCUCUCCCGGGUGCUGGUCCUGGCAGUGACCUACGCGUGCUGAGCGCAUUGGUGUUGCGGCUGUCGUCUCCGGGUGGCCAGGAGAGACCGGCAGCAGUGCUGACUCACCUGGGACUCACUGGUGUUUUGCCACCUGCCUCUCCACCCGGUGACACCAGGUUUUCGAUGUGACUGGGAGUCUUGGUGGUCCGCUGAUGUUUGCAAUGAAGAGUACAGGACCUUCAGUUUCUAAAGUUAGCAUGAGGCACUUAGACUUGGCAUACAGUGCAGGACACUGGCGCACGCCACGCACCCGGGAAGGGCCCACGCAUGCUGUUUGGAACGCAGUCUCAGUGGGGACAAACCAGUGUCAGACUUUUUUCCCCUCUGUGGAGCUAAGACAGUUGAUUCAUUAGUUUUUCUUUCUUGUUACACAGUCCUAGUUUCCAAAGGUCAGAAGAUGUGUUCAGACAUUCCAGGUAACAAGUAUGUAUGUAAAGUUACCAAACAUGGGCCUGUAGUAACUACUCUGAAUCUAGAUAUUCUCUCCAGCUUGUCGUAAAUACUUGUCCUUAAAGAGUUUGACUUCCUAUUUUCACAGGUUAUGCCAUGUGCAGAAUUAAAGGUCCCAGUGUGACACUGGCCAGCAGGCCCAGCAACCUCCAUGUACUCAGUACAGUCAUACUGAACCAGGGGGCCUAACCACUAACAUUGAGACUUUGCUUUGAGACCUUUCCUCUCCUGGGUACCGAGGUGCUAUGAAGCCAAGUGACAAAGAUGCAUCAAUGUCUUAGGCUGAUGCCACGACCCAAUUCCUUUAUUUGCAACUUGAGCCAUUUAAAGACCAAUAAACUUCCUUUUUUAAAA